AUGCUCACACGAUCAUCCGCUUUCCUACACAAGGAAUUCAAAAGAACGAAAGACAAUCCAUCCUUUUCCAUAGGAUUGGUGGAAGGCAGUAUUUAUACGUGGGAGGUGAUAAUACUUGGUCCUUCGAACACGUUGUAUGAAAAUGGAAUAUUCAAGGCGAUAAUGCAGUUUCCAGAGAAUUACCCCGAUUCACCGCCAAAAUUUCGAUUUGUCUCAGACAUGUGGCAUCCCAACAUUGACAAGGACGGCAACGUGUGCAUCUCUAUUUUGCACGAGCCGGGCGACGAUAUGUACGAAUACGAGUGCGUUGCCGAGCGAUGGAUGCCCGUAAGAAAUCCUGAGAGUGUUAUUCUCAGCAUCGUUGCGCUUCUUAACUGGCCGAAUUCGGACAGCCCAGCAAAUCUGGAUGCGGCACGAGAAUUUAGAGAGGACAAGAUUCUUUACGAUAAGAAGGUGCUAAGACUGACACAAAAAACACUAGAAUGA